AUGGCGGGCCUCACGGCGGAGACCACCAGGCUAGCAUCCAUCCAUCUUGCUUCCGUGCCGGAGGAGACCAGCAGCUGCUUCGCGGAGCUCGAGCACCAAUCUUACCGCGACUCGAUCCGGAGCGUCGCCUGGCCCGAAUGUCUGAUCAGCUGGGGCUGGGGUCUCUCUUCCCAGUAUCGUCAGAGCGGGUCCAGCUACUCCAGCAUCUCUGGUACCUCGAGCUCUUACAUGUCCAACAUCUCCGGUUACUCCCCUGGCUCGCCUUCUGCCGGUGCAGCGGACUUGGGCGUCGAAGAGCUCACCGAGAUUGCUCACAAGAUGGUCAGCGACGGCUACACCCAGCGCAUGGUCCAAGCUUUCGUAUCCAAUGGCGAACAGGACGGCUCCCUGAAGACCUGGUUCGCCGAGCUCGACAUCGACUGGGUUUUCCAAUUGAGCGACAAGUCUCGCGACGACUGCGGCCACCAGGUCGGAGACAAGUCUGCUUCGCCUUCCCGCCUUCAAGAAUUGGUCGAGAGGUGGAGCCGAGCUCUCAUCAUAAUUGUGGCCAGUGUCAAAGAGCUGGUCGCCGCCGUCCACGAGACGCCGACGGUCGGACAGUUUGGCAAAGCGAGCAUCUCAGCAAUGCUCGUCUUUGUCGACGCCAUCGUCCAUACCGACGACGCGGAGAAGCUGUUGGCCAUGCUGCACGUAUAUAUCUGCAUCUCCAAUGCAUCACACAACAUAUCGACCAUGCAGGUGACCUCGUCAGAUGCCCAGAUGAUUUUCAAUGAGAUAGGCGCCUUGUUGGAGAGAAAAGGAAACAAGUUAGUUGGAUCCUUGUCCAAGGUGAUGAGCGACGUUAAGUAUACGCUCAUGAAGGACAAAGGCCGCUGGACUAUUGAUACGAGAGACUCGUGGGCGAUCACAGCUGGUGGAGGCGAGGUUCACAACAAGACCCGGUUGAUGAUGGAUUACAUAGUUUUGAUGAGGAAAUCACAUGCUUCAGCGAGGAACUCGGGACAGAUUCACGACGCUGCAAAGAUUCGUGACCUGUUACGUGAAACGAUCGAUUAUCUGAACGAUCUGCUUGUGAGGAAAUCGAAGAUGUGCACGGAUCCAAGCCUCGGGUACAUGUUCCUGCUCAACAAUUCCUACUAUGUAGCGCAGGUGUGUAAGGCAUUGAUAUCUUUAAAUGUCUAUUUGCCGUGUGCACAUCAUCAUGGGCUUAAACUUAGACCUGAAUGUGAGAAAUACAUGGACAGUUAUAUCGAGAUUUCUUGGGGACAAGUCAUGUCCUGCUUAUCUGAAUCUAAUUUUCCUAGACUGCUCCGUCGUCGGAUCAACAACUCUUCGUUGGCUAAAUUCCAGUCCGCGUUUCAUAAAACAUGCAUGACUCAGAGGUUCUGGAAGGUUCCAGACCCUCAGCUCCGACACUUACUGCGGAAAACUAUCGCCAAGAGAGUCAUUCCAGGUUACCGCGACUACCUGAAGGAGCACCCGGAACUCGAGAAACAGGUUAGCGGUGGAAGAAACUGUCCAGAGGCUUUGGAGGAGAUGUUGGGACAGCUAUUCGAAGGCUGAAAACCGCUUGAGGAGGACAUAGUAAUGCUUCGUUGCUGUAUUUGUUUGUUUUCCUUUUGAACUGAAACUUGUAUUCUAAAUUUCGUCAGGUACUAUAUCAGAUGGCUACGUGUAUGUUUUGAUUUGAUUUCCAUUUUCAUGGCAAAUACUUCCGCAUUAUG